GCAGAUUUAUGUAACAGUAUCUCCCCUCCAAUUCUACUAAAACUGAUAAGGGCAAGUCUCAUGCCACGUAGUGAGGACAUAAAUGGGAGAGAUAUUUACGUUGGCCAACGUAUGAUAGUUAUAAUAAUUUACGAUGACAGUUCUACUACUUUUUCUGAUGCAAUUUACAAUGCUAUUUCUGGAACUAUUAAUAAAGGGGCGCCUUCCUAA